GAAAUGUGUUUCCCCUUACUUAUAAAAAUUUGAUGAUUAGAUUUUUUUAAUAGUUUUCUUUAUUUUUUUUUUAGAUAUUUCCACAAGAAGUAGAAGAUUUCAUUGUUUUCUGUGUCCCUAUUCCACUGUUUUGAAGACAAACCUAACCAGGCAUAUCAGAAUACAUACUGGUGAAAAACCUUUUCAAUGUAACACUUGCAAAAAAUGUUUUAACCAAAAGUCUGCUAUGAAAAGCCAUAUGUUCACUCACUUGAAGUAACAUUUAAUAUUUCUCUUCCUGUGUGUUAUUUGAAAUGUUAUUUAUGAUUUUUUUUAUUAAAUGUUGUGAUUUCUAGUAUGCCAUGGAUUUAUUCAAACUUUUUUUUAGAUAACCAGUUAUUUCUCUAUUUUUAAUAUUAAAAAAUGUUUUUCCAAUAAAUCAUAGGGAGAAAAUUACUGUUAUGGACAACUAAAUUACCUAAAAGGUUGAUUUGGGAAGAGAGAAAGAGUUUAUUUUAUUGUUUCCUUUUAAAUGUGCAUUUGUUCUAAUUAAGAAAAUGUUCCCAAAAAAAUAAUUAAAGUUGUUACUAUAACUGUAACUAUAUAAAUAUAACAUAUUGGUGGAUCAAACCUGUAAAUAUUAGAACAGAAUUCUGUAAAGUUGAUAAAUAGUAGAUCCUCGAUUUCGUGUUUUCCCUCAGACCAGCCGUAAAAAAAAACGCAGCGGGAAAACAUAAAAUCUGAAUAAAAAUAAUCUAAACAUACUUAGCAAAAGUGAAUACCUGAUAAACUAUUGAGAAAAAAAAUGUGUAAUAUUUAAUGUUUAGCCUUUUUGCUUUUAGAUACAACUUCAACAAUAGCUUGUUUAAUACUAACAAUGUUUCGUAAAUUUGUUUAUUUAUUAUUAUUAUUAUUUUUUUUUUGCAUUCAAAUAUAAAGAUUGUUUCAGAGUUUUUACACAUUUGAAUCCCUUAAUCAGCUGUGGGUUCAUAAUCAGUUCAUUUUCACCAUCAUUAUCACGAGCGGGCAUUAAAUGAGACCUCAAAGGAAUUUGUGAAGCAUUUGGAUGUCUGUCACAUUCGGUCAAAGGCAAAUUUGUAACAGGAACAUUUUCUCUGGCCACUGGAAUCAAGAAAAAGUGAUUUCUGAACUGGUUGUGUCAUGUAAUGCUCUUUAAUUGACCAGAUGAUUCCUAGAUUUGAAGGUUGGAAUUUGUUGAAAUCGUCCAACAGAAAUUGAGAAAAAUAUAUUAAGCUGGUUUUUGUGAUAGGGUAUGACGUAAAAUCUUUUUAAUGUUACUGGUAAAGGUGAAUUUCAAAAACCAGCAGUAAACGAUUGAGAGGGAUAAUGUACAAAAAGAAAAAUUUUAAAUCCGGAUUCCACUGCGUAAAAAAACUGAUCAACUAGCAUUCUUAGAAUCUUCAGCGGUUCUUCCCUGACUCUAGCAUGGAGAAUCACUUGUUUGAAUUCAAUAUCUUUGGGAAUGAGAUGCCUUGAAGCAAAGAAAGAUGCACCAGUGCACUUUCUGUAGUUAUGCAACCUAUAGAAAAAUGGAUGUAACAAGACACAUGAGAACUCACACUGGGGAGAAACCUUUUCAGUGUGACACUUGCAAUAAAUGUUUCACUCAGAAAUCUGUACUCUUAAGACAUGUAAUUAUUCAUAUGAGGGAUCCUUGUUCAUUUUCAGCAGCUUCCAGAACAUUUGGAACACAUCGCUGCUCAUUUUGCAAUUACUCUUCUUAUUCGAAGACUGAUGUGACAAGGCAUAUCAGAAGUCACACUGGUGAAAAGCCAUUUGCAUGCAGCAUUUGCAACAAACGUUUUAGCGUAAAAUCUACUCUUACCAAGCAUAUGCUUAUUCAUUUUAAAUAACAUUCAUUGGGAUUUGUUUCAAGUUGUUCAUUAGUGCUUAUUACAAAAAAAAAAUCAUCAGUUUAAUCAAACCUAUUUGAUUAUGAUUUAUGUUACAUAUCUAGUAUAUGUUACCACAAAUGACAUAUAUGAAUAAUAUGUGUGUUACAUAAAUGAUAUAAAUAAAUAACAUAUAUAUUUGUGAUUCACAAGUAACGUGUGUAUAAUGAAUGUUGUUAAAGGAAAUCUAUUCUCAUUUAACAUUUGACUAUUCAUUUUAAAUAGCAUUCAUUGUGAUAAGUUUAAAUUGUUGCUCAUUAAUAAUUCUUAGAGUAACAAUUCUAAAUGUUUCAGUUUUUUUGCUUAUCAGUUGUGUUGUACAGUUAAAUCUGAAUUAAAAAUUGACUUUUCCUUUUUUUUCUGUUUCCAUAUUAAAUAUGUCCAGCUCAAAGCGAUAAAAUUUAAACUAAUAUUUAAAAAAACUAUUUUAUUUCUUCUUGCUACUUCUUAGGUAGCUAUAUAUUUAUUUUCCCCCCAAAAAGCACACUAAAAGAGUUGUUGAAAAGAGAUAAAGGAAAACAUUCUUUGGAAAGAUGAACAUUGAUGGAACUGAAUAAUAAUAGUGUUUGAAAAGAACACUAGCAGGAAAAUUUAUUUUUCUUUAAAUUAUAGGUAUUUCCUUUAAAAUAUCUAGUCAAUUAUAUUCCUUGUUUUAUUAUUAUUUUUUUUACUAAAUUAGAUUAAUUUGUUUUUGAUA